AUGGAUUCAAUUGGGCCGGUGUCAGUAGGCUGACUGUGUGGGUUGAAAAGCUAACAGACACUCUGACCAGGGCCCAGCCUGGUCUGAGAUCACACACAGACCACUCAGUAAAAUGGGAAACUAAAUUUAAUUAAGGAGAAUAGACUAGAAGGGUUUGGGAUAACCCUAAAGCUAAUUUUCUAACCGAUACCCAAGGAUCUAAUGUCUCUUCACUGGGAUUCUUCAGAAUGGUUUUUCUACACUAAUCCUCUCCCCUCUUUCUAAAAAUCCCAGUCCCUGUUCUUGAUAAGCUACAACUAACCCCCCAGGUAUUAGGGUACUGGUCUGUGUAAGCCUGAUAGGGCCCAGGGAAGGUCCUGGAUCCACAAUCUCUGCUGACAGUUGGUCAGAAUCACCAGGUUCUACUCCGAUGAAAGAGCACACAAGACAGCACGCAGGACAGGAACAAGGAUGGAAUCAGCCACUAGGGAAAAGCAGCCACACUCUCCAGUAAAUGUAUAUUGUGAUGAAAAUCAAUUUAUAGUCUCUGUGGGGAAAGAUCUUCUUAACAAUGGCAUGGCCUUGAAAAAGUAUCAGGUGACGCUGGGAGAGAAUUGUGAAGUAACCCAGAGCAGACCAGAUUUCUUGUGCCUGUCCUACACAGUCUCAGAUUGUGGAAUACAACGAACGGUUGUACAGGAUAUCAUUAUGUUCCACAGUACUGUGAAGAUUUCUUUCAUUUAUUAUUUUUAUGAUGGCACAGCUAAAAUACCCAUAUCAUGCAGUAUUUGGGAAAGUAAUUAUACAAUGAUCCCUCAACUCUCAUCAUUAAUGUUAGAAACACAGAAUGAAACAAACAAAGCUCAGGACUCUGGUCCAACUACCUCAAGGGCUCAGCAAAAUGUUGGCCUGAGCUAGUAGGGACGGGACCAUCAGAUCCACAAAACCCAACUCCAAGAGCAGCCUGAAACUUCCCUGUUUUGUGACUGACUCUUCUCUGCUCUGGGAAUAUGGGAACAGUGCUUUGCAACAAGUUUCUUCCCUUGAAAGCUGCUUCAGAGUUCCCAUGGUCCCUGGUCAAGGGCCAAUGGCAUCACUUACCAAAAACCCUUGGGAAAUUGUGCAAACGCCUGAUGAUGCUCUAUGAAACUCUUUGUAUAGUUUAUUUAAAAGAGCAUUGAUUUGGGGGAAAAAGCCAUCCUGUCCCUUUUAUGGCCCAUGGUUAGAGAAGGGGCCAUCUUUGUCUUUUCUGGAAAAGAUAUCCAUUGUGUGUCUUUAGUUUUACAAUCUUAGGCUCAGAAUCACAGGGUCUAGGGCAGCACGGAAUAGAAUUGACCAUUGAGAAAUCCUUGAGUAAGGCUCAAGAAUACCCCUACUCAAAGUAUGACUUGAAUUUAGACUCCAGCCCCACUGCCCCCAAGACUGGGAAAAGACAACUUUGCAAGCAUUCAGGCUAUUAAGACAAAUAAAAUUGGUCCCAAAGCCA